GGGCGGGCAAUGGUCAGUACGUUUGCAGCACCAUGGACAUACGCGAGUUCUGCCGAAGACUGCCCAAAGUGGAGCUACAUGCACACCUCAACGGCUCAAUCGAUAACGACACACUCUACAAAUUGAUGGACCUGUACAAAGCAAAACAUGAGGAAUUACCGCUGGAGGCAUCGGACAAGUCAAUAUACGCUAUCAAACAAGGAGAAACCCGAACGCUGGCUCAGUGUUUCGAUGUAUUUAGAGCCAUUCACGCGCUGACGGGCUCGGAAGAGGCGAUCUCAAUAGUAGCCAAGGAUGUGGUACAGGGCUUUGCAAACGAUGGUGUGAGGUACCUGGAGCUUCGGACCACUCCCAAGGAUACUCCCACCAGUGCCGAGUAUGUGCGCACAGUCAUCGACGCACUGAAAACAGCUCAAGACAAACACCAAGGUGCAAUCGUCGUACGGCUUAUACUCAGCAUCGAUAGAAGGGGUUCAGUAGAGAAGGCUCUGGAGACCGUCAGGAUAGCAGCGCAGAAUAAACCGUUUGUUGUGGGCGUGGAUUUCAGUGGAGAUCCAACGCACAAAGACGCGCGCGAUUUUCAGAGUGCAUGGGACCUAGCCAGACAGAAGGAUUUGAAACUCGCAAUCCACUUUGCGGAGAUAAAGAACACCGAAGAAAGCCUGUACAUUGUCAAUGAACUCAAAGCUGAUCGCAUUGGCCAUGGAUGCUUCAUGCAGGACGGCGUGGAAGACGCAGUGUUGAAGGCCCAGAUACCACUAGAGAUAUGCAUGUCGUCCAAUGUAAUGGGACAGUCUGUGAAGGACUACGAUGAUCAUCACUUCCACGACCUGUACGAGAAGGACUAUCCUUGUGCGAUAAGUACUGAUGACAUGGGCGUGUUCUCCACAACACUGUCACACGAGUAUGCUAUGGCGGCUCGCAAAUUGGACAUUCCACAGCCACGUAUUUGGGACCUUUCAUACCGCACAAUCGACUUCAUAUUCGCAGAGGUUGAGGUUAAAGAUCAAUUGCGUGAAAUUUGGAAUUCGGAAAAGGUAUUGCUAGCAAAUUCAGCAAAAACCGGUUAGUGUACCCCACGAUCUGAGUGUCAGUGGUAACACUUUAACACUCUAAACCCUAAAACACUUAACACUGAGUUAAUUGAAAUAGAAACUUAGAAACUAAAUAGUGACCUAGAUAGAAUCAGGGUAUUCGUUGGUAAAGUCUCGACCAGAUGAUGCGAUCUGAUCCAGGUUGAAGUUGUUGACCUACGGUUGUUUUGGAUUGUACAUUUUUCAAAAGUUAAAUUCAAAUGCAAGUCACUUGUACAAUAAACUAAGCAUUGCUAUAUAUCCCAGCACGAGCGGAA